AUGAAACCGAAUCUUCCUACCGUACAACGUAUUGCAAUGUUUGAUGCCGAAUCCGUCGCCGAUGCCCUUCAUAAAGCAACAACUGACUCAGACACUGACGAAGAAGCCUUCACGACCAUUUUUUUGCCAUCGAAAAAAUCGGGAAAUUAUACGGUCAUCCCGCGCAAGACGAUACUAAACGAGAUACUUUUGGAGACUUCGACGCGUUGCUUCUUUCACCUGUUCAGGUUCAAGGAGACGAGACGCAGAUGGCCUGUGUGGCGCAAGCUAAACCGACGCCUGCAUUUGUUUGAAGCCGGAGCGACCAAACUAGAAACUGAUGAAAAAGUUUUCUAUUCCAUUCUAACAAUCCUUGGCUGGGGUCAAUUACGUCACACUAUUGCCGAAUAUGAGACUAUGCAUGGCCUCUCUUUGGAAAAUGCCGUGACAAGCGAAUCUUCCGCCAACGCUCGACGGGGUAUCUUAGAACUAUUGGAGCGUGUCCAAAAUCGACCGGGAGACCUCGCUGAGCGUUUAUACAAUGCUCUAAAACGAUUAGGCACCAGCGAGUAA